AUGUUGCAAACGGGUGAUGCUCGAAUCGGUCUGGAUGGACCAACUGUCACAGCGGAGGAUGGCUUUCUGACAAAAGUGAUGAUCAGUUCGAUGGAUGUGAGGAAAGUUAUUGCCCUGAUUGGUGCAUUCUACUGGACUAUUAUGACUGUUUUUGUUGUUCCCGGUAUCAUUACUGCAACAUUCCUUACCGUCAUGAUACCUGUUCUCUGUAUCAGUGUUUCAUGGUUUAACUGGCUUGAUCACAAGCUUUGCCGUAUGGUAAACGGUCAUUGGAGUUCUGCUAUACAAAUUGCAGGUAUUAAUAUUGUGGAGUACGGCGAUGAUAUUUCAAAGCUUUCCGAAAAACGGGUUUUAUUUCUUGCUAAUCAUUUGGGUCUUGCUGAUCAUUUCGUGAUUAUGUCAGCGUUACGAAACAAAGGAACUGUUGUUGAGAAGUAUCUUUGGGUUAUAUACAAUAUAUGGAAAAUGACACCACUGGGUGUGAUGUGGAUGAUUCACGGCAAUUACUUUGUUGACGGUGGUGUUGCAAAACGAGACCAAAUGAUAGAAGAUUUCAAAACACAUUUGAAAAGAAAUUAUUGGAAAUAUGAUCAUCGAUGGAUUAUUAUGUACCCGGAAGGAGCAAGACUAUAUCGGAUUAAAGAAAGUAAUGCACGAUACGCAGCUCGUGAAGGUUACAAGAUCUUUCGGCAUUGUGCUUUACCACGGACUGGCGCUGCUCAUGCUACAAUCGAAACAACGACAACUGCUAAUUAUGCAACAGUUGAGGAUACCGGCGAUUCAUUGGAAUACAUUAUUGAUUGUACCUUGGGAUAUCAGAACGGCGAUGUACCCAGUAUCGGUAACUGGUUAUUCGGAGAUUUACCGAAUGGAAUUCCGAAUGUUGCUGUUCACUAUAAAAUUUAUCGAAUAAGGCCUGAGUGGAAAGACGAAAAUAUGCUAAGACAUUGGUUGUAUGACAUCUAUGAAAAAAAGGAUGAAUUGCUGGAAAAAUACUAUGAGAGUGGUGUAUUUCCGAUGGAUUCACAGCAUCAUCCUACAGUUGUGCGUAAUUCAAUAUCCAGUUGCUUAUUUGUUGAGGCAUUUUGGCUUUUACUGCUUUACCUUCACUAUUCCAUAUGGUUGAAGUCAUUUGCUAGCCUAAUUUACCGGUGUAUUGUUGUUAUAUCGCUUACUUUUUUGGGGAUUUUUUAA